UCAAAGAUUUGCUACAACCAGAUAGAGCAUUCACCGUGCAAUAUAGAAAUACUUGCCUCUCCAACCAUGUCUAGGUCUGUGGAGCCUCUUAUUGUUGGGCGUGUCAUUGGAGAAGUUCUCGAUCCAUUUAACCCAUGUGUGAAGAUGGUGGCAACCUAUAACUCAAACAAGCUGGUCUUCAAUGGCCAUGAGCUCUACCCAUCAGCAGUUGUAUCUAAACCAAGAGUAGAGGUUCAGGGGGGUGACUUGAGAUCCUUAUUCACAUUGGUUAUGACGGACCCAGAUGUGCCAGGACCAAGUGAUCCAUAUCUACGGGAGCAUCUUCACUGGAUUGUCAGUAAUAUACCCGGGACAACAGAUGCUUCAUUUGGGGGGGAGGUCAUAAGCUAUGAGAGCCCAAAGCCCAACAUUGGAAUCCACAGGUUCAUUUUUGUGCUCUUCAAGCAGAAGCGAAGGCAGACUGUAUCUGUGCCUUCCUUCAGGGAUCAUUUCAACACCCGCCAGUUUGCUGUGGAUAAUGAUCUUGGCCUCCCUGUGGCUGCUGUUUACUUCAAUUGUCAGAGAGAGACUGCUGCCAGGAGGCGCUGAAAAUCAAGUUCUUGGUUAUCCCAGUUGUGCCAAAUAAAGGCCUUUGGAGUUUUGCACCUUCUUUCUGAAGUCAAUGCUCCUCUUCUACAUUACUUCCUCGUGGACCAUUGCUUCUUUACUACAGUUUUUGCUCAGGGAUCUACAAAUAAAUCAAGUGCAUUUUGGUGAUUGUAUUAGAUUAUAUUGUAAGCAAUGAGAUCAGCAACCAUGUUAACAUAAGCCAGUACAUUAGCAGGUCCAUGUUUAUGGUUCCACGUUGUGUGUAAGCAGUUACCACUAGAAGGAAGGUUGGGUAGACAACCCAAACUGGCAAAAAAAAGUUUAUCUACUGUAUGGCCCUUGCCGGCUCGAUGUUUGAUGCACCUUUUCUGACAUGCUGUCUACUGUAUUCCACUGCCACUAUAAUG